AUGACGUUUGGGUCCGAGCUCAAGCCGAACGAGUUUGGUGCUAUCAACGGAUACGUCGAGAAGCAGAUAGACGUAAAGCAGCGGCAGGAGCGCGACUACGGCACAAAGAUCCUGGACCUGGCGCGCACGUUCCAGCAGCAGCUCGAGGGCCUGCACGACAAAAAGGCCGACUCAGCAGCCAACACACUGACGCUGACGGAGGCCGAGGCAGCAGCGACCACGCCCCUGGAGCUCUUGCCGGCAGCCAACGAAUGGGUAUUGCAGCUUGAGGAGGAGGGCCGCCUGCAUAUGCAGUUGGCAAGCAAGAUCAGCGGCUCGGUGGCCGAGGAACUGCACCAGGCGUUUGGCAGUCUUGGCGAGGCGCGCAAGAAGAGCCUGGAGUUUUACCAGAAGCUGCUGGGCGAGCGCGACAAGAUCUACGACCAGAAGGAUAAGAUGCGGGCGCACUACGAGAGCAAGUCAAAGCAGCUGGGCACGUCGCAGUCACGGCAGGAGCGCGCGACCAACGAGAAGGACCAGGACAAGUAUCGGGUCAAGGCAGACAAGAACACCAGCGCACGCAACCAGGCCAAGAACGAGUAUAUUCUGCAGGUCGCAGUGGCCAAUGCAGUCAAGGACGCAGUCAGCCAUCAGUUCACGCCCACACAGCGCGUGGCAGCCACCAAGCGUCUGCUGCUGCAGUUGCUGGAGAUGCAGGAGGCCAGCGACGGCAAACGCAUCCAGCGUACGCAGCGGGUAGCGCACGUGAUGGGGAGAGUCACGCCCGAGGCCGACUCGGCCGCGUACGUGCGCAAGCGCGUGGAGGGCGGGCUCAGCAAGUGGGAGGAGCAGGCGGACUUCCGCGUGAUCGUCGACUACGCCAACGGCGAGGAGGACGCCAUGGCGCUGGACGGCGAGAGCCAGGCAGACCGCGACCGCCUGGCAGCCGACCAGAAGCUGCAGGGCAAGCUGGCCGAGGCCGAGAAGCUGCGGCAGAAGGGUGACAAAUCCGUAGACAAGGCGGCGGAGGCCCGGCACGAGGCGACGAUGCUGGAGCUGGAGAUUGUCAAGCAGAGGGCGGUGCGGGCGGCGAUCGAGACGGAGCUGGGCAGUUUCAAGGCGUUCACGGUGGCGAUUUCCAAGACCUGCGAUUACUGCGGCGAGUCUAUCGGCGGACUCAACCGCAAGGCGGCCAAAUGCGCGGCGUGCGGGUUCACGUGCCACGCCAAAUGCCAGAUCAAGGUGGCUCCCAGCUGCGAGGGCCCGGACCCGGACGCCAAGGGCGGGUUCCUGGCGCGCUUUGGCACCAAGAAGAAGAAGGCACGUGCGCGCAGCCUCGGCGGUCCAGUCUCCAAUUCCGCCAGUCUGAGCGCAUCGCAGGCGUCGAUUUCGCGCGCCUCCACGUCAUACGGCGCUGCUGCCACUUUGCCACGCAAAUCCACAUCCCAGACGCCAUACGAGAGCUCCCCACGAUCAGCCUCCAUUAGCCGCGGAACUCCAGUAGCUGGAGCAGCAGCCGGGGCAGCUGGUGCAGCCGGGCAGCUGGUGCAGCUGGCAGGCGGAGCAGUCAGCGAAACACCGUCAUUCACAACGCCCAGCGAUAUGGUCACGGUCACAUACGACUACGACGGUGACGGGUCCACCACUUUGUCGGUGCGGGCCGGCGACCGCGUGCGCGUACUGGUGCCGGACAGCGAGAGCCGCGGGUGGAUCCGUGCCGACGUCCACGGGCAGAUCGGCCUGGUGCCCACGGCCUACGUGAACAUGGACGAGUACAGCCCGGCAAUGUCGUCGCCGUCGCAGCCACCGGACGAGUACGUCGUGGCAAUCUAUGAUUUUGCCGGCCGCGAUGCCGAGGAGCUAUCGUUUAGCGCUGGCGACAAGAUCCGCAUUACGUCGCGGGAUGUCGGCUCUGGAUGGCUGCAGGGCACCAUAUAUGGGCAGACCGGGCGGUUCCCCGAGAGCUACGUCAAGGACGACGAGUAGUUCUUUAUAAUCAUUUAAAGCGAGUCAUUUAUUAUUAUUUUGCUUCUUCAAAGCAUGUUCUCG